AUGAUCAAACACAAAAUUGUUCACCCUAACACUAUUAAGGACUAUGGUGAUGACUUUCUGAACUCUUCAAUUAGUCGUUUCAUCUAUUUGUUAGAAAAAGCAGAAGGCGGAGGUAAUGUUGAUCUUGAUGCUCAUACUAGUCUUCUAGCUGCAAAGGACACUGGCAGUGACAUUGCAUGGGUCGACUGCGUAACUGCUUUCAAUGCCACUAAGUCAUGCACCUACAUUUCAUUCCUAUGUUCAGAUGAUCAAGAUCAAGAAGAUACUUGCACAAGCUGCUCCACCUCCAACGAGUGCAUGACUGAGCUCCAAUACAUUGAUGGAAGUAUAGCUAGAGUUGUCAUUGCAGAAGAUCGAUUCACAUUUCAAUAUCCAGACGAGGAUGAUACAUUUUCUAAUAAUAUGGUGUUUGGGUGUGGUGCGGGAACAAAAACUAAAGGUAUGGCAACUCCUCCUUUGAACAAAGAUGGCUUUUACUAUGUUGAUUUUGAUGGCAUCAGUGUCUUUGACACAAGGCUUGAUAUUGAUCCAAGUGUGUUUAAGAGAUAUGGAAGAAGAGUAGUCAUUGACACUGGCUCUGAAUUUAGUUGGUUUGUCUCAGAGGCAUUUGAUCCUAUAUAUUAUGAAGUUCCAAAACAGGCUGAAAAGUUGGAGCUGAUGCUAUUUGAGUUUUUUGCACCUUCGCAGUUGUGUUUCUAUGGAAGGAGAACUAAGUACUUUGAUUUUUUUCCAAUGGUGACAUUUCAUCUGGCUAAUGAAACAAACUUCUAUUUAGAUAUUGAAAGUUUGUUUUAUUAG